CCCACCGGGCAUAUCAGGCCACCGUAAAGCCCGCCCCCUUUCAGUCACUCAUCAACAUGGCGGCGCACAGAAAUUCGAUGCAAAGCUGGACAAAUAUUUACGUCUUUUGUUUGAUUAUUUUCCUCCAGCUGUGGUUUAACGUCUGUCUUUCAGCUCCAGCCAACAAUACAUCAGAUUCUCUGGGAAGAGACCCACAAGCUAAUUUGAACGUCUCGGCUGUGGCAGCAACUCAGACAAAGACGACUACAGAGGCAGAGAAACGGAGUACACCAAGUCCAAACGUCACAUCAACAACUGCAGCCGCCCCCAAACCCACAUCUACAGAGGACAAAGAUGUCAACAGGAUGACCCCUGCAGAAGAACCCACCGUGGAUCUUCCAGCACAGCGCAAGGAAGACACUACUGACACGCUCCCUCCACCUGCAGACAAAGAAACUACAAAAACUACGAAAGAAACUACGAAAGAGAACGCAGUGAAGAUGACUUCUGCUCCCACCGCCAACAACAAGGUGACCCAGCCAACAGGUGAGCCCGACGUCCAGGGCACCUCCACAGCGGAAGGCGUCGAUCCACAGCUUGGUACAGAGAACGGAAAAGAAACCAAAGCUGUUGACGAAUACGACAGUUAUGACGGAGACUUUAUAGUUUCCCCCUCCGAAGGGACAAAGGAAGAUAAAGGGCGAAUCAACACCAAGCAGCCGGUUAACGUGCUGGAGGAAGUCGACAGCUUCAGCUCAGAGGAACAGGACUCCCACUUCUUCUUCCACCUGGUCAUCCUGGCCUUCCUGGUGGCCGUCGUCUACAUCACCUAUCACAACAAGAGGAAGAUCUUCCUGCUGGUUCAGAGCCGCCGUUGGAAGGAUGGAUUGUGUUCCCGUAACAACGUGGAAUAUCGGCGCCUGGACCAGAACGUCAACGAAGCCAUGCCGUCCCUCAAGAUGACCAAAGAUUAUAUUUUUUGAUUGAGGCUCCUGUAAACAGAAAUCCAGCUGCUUGUCUGAUCAUUCGCAUAAAGUAGAGAGGCUUUGCUUUUUUUCAAAAAUCAUGUUUUAAUUUGCAACAGCGGAAAUAAUUUACUGUUUGCUGGAGUAGAAGUGGACAGAUUGUUGACUUUCUGACAUUUUUUAUUUUAAUGUUUUCUUCAUUUAAAAAAAAAUAUUUUUUACAUCUUUGUGUAAAUUUUUUUUUUUUAAUUAAAGCUCAAACGAAUAAGGUGAUGUAACAUUUAGAUUCCUAAUUAUUGUAUUUCCUCCUAUAAAUGUCGAUUUCUCUCAGCAUUCAAACCGAGCUAUACACUGGCACGUAAAGCACUUUGUGUCAUUCAUACAUUUAUUUAAAAAGCAUUAACAAAGCAGAGUAACCAUGUAAAAUAAAAUCAAUUAACACCUGUGUGUAAACUGAUCUACCUUAAUUGCGCCUUGUAGGUAAAUAUUAGGAAAUAUUAGCCACCAGACUCUUAAUGUUCUUGUUCUGUAUGGAUAGUUCUAAAACAUCCAGGGACGGUUGAAUGGUUUGGGUUUUUUAGUUUUUAUUGGAUCUAAUAUAAUUUGCACUUAUAAAUAGUUUCAGAAAAUGCAGUGACCUCCUGUAUUACACAACUUUGGUUUAUGGAUAUGAAUAAAACAGUAGUGUGUUGUUAAGGGUAAACAUUUGAUCAGGGGAGGAAUAAUCUUCAGGUGACGGAUAAUCUCGUGUGUUUAAGCCAUUUAAGAACGCCUUGAAUGGAAUGUACUAAUUUAUAGGAAUCUUUUAUUGCCAGGCUUCUGUGUUUGUCUCGACCGCUUUAUGUUUUAAUUACCGGGUUCCUCCAGGUUUCGCUGUGCAGAUGUUCUGUGGCCUCCUGCUUUAUGGCUUCAGUGAAGUCUCUGUCAAUCCAUCGCCAAAUGAUGCAAAAGCAACUGCAGCGGCCCGUUUUACUCCCAUUUACCAGGAAAAUGUGCAGCAAGUCAAGGAUUUAGUUAUUUGAGGUGUUUCCCCUCUGUCUGUUGGCCUUUUAGACAUGUCCAGCUCUGUGUAAUACAUGGUAGUUAGAAUGUGGGGUUUGCUCUUAUGAUCUACUGCAAUCAACAUUACACUAUACAAUCGUUUUCUCAAUAAAGCACAAAUUAUACAAAUGUUA